GUUAGCAUAGGAUGCGAUAGCGGCUAGCUCAAGCAGCGAUAUGUACGUAAUUUUUCACAGUAUUUUCAUUUCUUAGAUUUCUCCAUUUCCCCCGGUCGGUGCAUUAAUGAAAAACCAGUGGAUAGGUGCGUGAGGAAACGGCGUAACGCGUUGUGUAGCUAACUGGGGCAUUUACUGAUGACCUUAGAGCCCACCUCAGGCGCACAGCAAGGGAUGGCUUUCAUGAUGAAGAAGAAGAAAUACAAAUUCUCUGUGGAGCUGCAACUGGACGAAUUGGUGGAGGUGCCCUUUCUCAAUGCCGUUCUCUUUGCGAAAAUCCGCCUCAUGGAAGGGGGCUCAUUCCAAGAGUACAGCAGUCGGGAAGAGGUGAAGAAUCAUGCUGUGAAGUGGAGCCAAAAAUUCAAUUUUGUCUGCAAGAUGUCAGCAAAUGCCUCCAAUGGGGUCCUUGAUCCCUGCAAUUUGCGGAUAUCUGUCCGGAAGGAGAUCAAAGGUGGCCGCAGCUACCAAAAGUUGGGCUUCAUUGACCUCAACUUGGCUGAAUUUGCCGGCUCCGGACUCACAUCUAGUCGCUACUUGCUCGAGGGAUACGAUGCCAAACACAGGCAGGAUAAUUCCAUGCUUCAAGUCUCCAUCAAGAUGUACAUGCUCAGUGGGGAUGUUCUCUUCAAAGUUCCUUCACCGAGUCUCAAGAAUAAACAAAUUGCAAUCCACGAAGAUAUUCCAGCUGUUGGGGUGAAGGGGAAAGUGGGGCUUCCACCGUCAAGUGGUAGAGGAGCCAAGGAUGAUUCCUCAAUAGCUUCCGGAUCGUCUGGCUUUGGAUCAUUGACCAAGAAGAAGACAUUUGAGCAAAAUCAAUGCGAUAGCGAUGGAAAUACAAUCUUGCCAAGCCUCGUUGCAAGCACCAGCAAUUCCGAAUUACUGGACACAGCUGGGAAUACAGAUUCUGGGGCUGUCUUGCCAAACUCCUACACGGUAUCACUCCAGAAUCCACCAUACGGAGAAGUUGGACACUCACGCAAUUCAAGCAACACUAGUCAAAUGUCCAAGGGAUCAGGAUACAGCAGCUUCACCCAAAGUCAGCAUUCACGGCAGAGUUCUGAUUGUGAUUCCGGACAAACGAGGUUACAGCUGCUAUUUGCACGAACUCAUUCUUUCUCAAAUGGUUUCUAUCGAAAUGUUAUUGUAAAUACGGGAGCUGUGAGUGUGAUGGAAAUUCCACAGAGACCUGAUUGCUUUCCGCGGGAUUUUCACACUGAAGAAACAAUUCGCGUGAAUGCCAUUGAAUUGAGUACACCGGACUUGGAGCAAGUCCUCACGACUGAUACAAUGUUCAAGAUGAAGUCCAUGGAUGAUCUAUUGCACACAAAACGACACGAUAUGGAUCUUCCGCGGGAUUUAAUGCGCAAAAAGAGAGAAUUUGAGGAUAAGCGUUUCGGCAUGGCACGCAUAAGGUCCAUGACAAAUUUAUUAAUAGACGAAGAAAAGCCCCCGGUGCCCGUGGAGGAUGUCCCGGACACGCCGGGGGGUGAUAGGGUGGUGGUAACAAAGCUUCGUAGCUUGGAGAAAACAGUGGCGAAGAUGACGUUCCAGGGGAAAGAUCCACCAAAAGCAUUUUCACGUGUCUUCCGGACAAAUAUGCGAAGUAAGACACAGAAACAAUCUCUCUGGGCACGAGCAUCCAUCCAUGGCAUUAAUGCGCACGAUGACUGUGAUUCUGGAAGAAACAUAAAUCCUGCUCCAUUCACGUCCAGUGAGACAGGAUCCCUAGAUAGGCUCAAAUCGGCGGCGGAAAGGAGGAAAAAAUGCUCUUUGGAUGACCAUGGACCAGCAGUUUCGGGCAGAGUGGAGGGCACACGAGUCAAUCCCGUUUUUAUGGUGGAUGAAAUUGUUAAGAAUACCAAAUUGGAUCAGCUGGAGGAAUCCGCAGAGACUUCUGGCCUGAAACUCUUCAUCGCCCGCGAUGGGUCCACCACAUUAGGCAGUCACAGCCACGAGGCGAAAUCCCAAUUGCCGGCGGGAGUAUUUAAGCAAGUUAUAAUGGAAAAUCCGAGAUAGUAAUUUUUUCUUUUAAUUUUAAUCAUUACUGUGAUGAUCAAUAAUUACACUUUAACUCUUA